AGGACCCAUCGGCGCGUGGGGGAAGCAAGUCCGAAACCCUAACACCAGCUUUGCAUCGAGAGCGAGGAACUCGUCGGAGAGCGAUCGAUGGCGUCGUUCGCGGAAGCUCCUCCGGGCGAUCCCAAGGCCGGGGAGAAGAUCUUCAAGACCAAGUGCGCCCAGUGCCACACCGUCGACAAGGGCGCCGGCCACAAGCAAGGACCCAAUUUGAACGGUCUUUUCGGGAGGCAAUCUGGAACGACGGCAGGUUACUCCUACUCUGCUGCAAACAAGAACAUGGCUGUGGUGUGGGAGGAGACAACUUUGUAUGAUUACUUGCUUAACCCUAAGAAGUAUAUUCCUGGUACUAAGAUGGUUUUUCCUGGUCUGAAGAAGGCACAAGAGCGUGCAGAUCUUAUUUCUUAUCUCAAACAAUCAACAGCUUGAGGGUUCUAUUUUUCCCUUCCAUGCUGAAACAAAAUUAUUUUUCUGCCAAUAAGACCAUAACAUUAUCCUUCUUCUAACUAGCAGUUUCCUAUGGUAUAUUCUUUAUAAGUUUCUUCAGUCUCAUUGCCCAGGCAAUGAACUCUCGCCUGAGAUGUCUAGUUUUGUCCCUAGAAGCUCGCAGCCACAUUUCUAUGAAUAUGAAUACUUGAGUUUAACAUGUGACAUUUUCUUGGUGUUGCGGCCCGUUAA